AUGCCGUCUUGUCGCGAUUGUGGAGGAACUGUGCUUGAAUAUGACCUAGCUGCAGGAAAUGGCGUCUGCGUCAACUGUGGCAUGGUCAUCGAGGAGAAUGCAAUAGUCAGUGAAGUGACAUUUGGGGAGACUUCCUCCGGAGGUGCCAUGGUCCAAGGCUCCUUCGUAGCCCAGGGAGCUACUCAUGCUCGAAUGAGCGGUCCAUAUGGAAAUCGGGGGAACGGUGAUUCACGCGCCCAGACGAUUGAAAAUGCUUCCAAGAAAAUCAAUAUGAUCUCGUCAGUUCUGAGACUGAGCGAAGUUAUCUCAAAUGCUGCAUUACGAAUGUACACGCUUGCCGUCGAACACAAGUUUACCAAAGGUCGUAAAAGUAUGAAUGUGGUCGCUGUCUGCCUCUAUAUCGCUUGUCGACAGAAAGAUACGCACACUCACAUGCUCAUCGACUUCUCGGACCUUCUUCAGGUCAAUGUGUUCGAGCUCGGUCACACCUAUCUUCAGCUGGUACAAACUUUGAAUCUCAAGCUGCCUCUGGUGGACCCGUCACAUUUUAUCUCGCGUUUUGCUGCUCUACUAGAAUUCGGCGACGAGACACCUAAGGUUUCUCUGGAUGCCGUCCGUCUUGUGCAGCGGUUCGAUCGUGAUUGGAUGACUCGAGGUCGACGCCCGGCUGGGAUCUGUGGUGCUGCUCUUCUCCUUGCCGCGCGUAUGAAUAACUUUCGCCGCUCUGUUGAGGAGAUCGUUCAGGUAGUCAAAAUCGCUGACACUACGCUCAAGAAACGUCUAGAGGAAUUCAAAAACACCCCAAGUGGUGCGCUGACUCUCGCCGACUUCCGAAGCGUAUGGCUCGACGAGGAGGUGGACCCCCCGGCUUACACUCGCAACAAAGAGAAGGAGGAAGCCGAGCGAUUGGCCAAAGAGGAGCCAAAAGCGGACAAUUCAGACACUGAGGUCAUCUCGAGCAAGAGCAAAAAGAGCAAGAUAAAGGGGAAACGCAAACGCAAUGAGAAGGAUGAAGAACCCCUACAGGAAUCUCCCGAGCCUACUUCCCGACAUCCUCUUGAUCCCGCCAUUUUGAACCAAGGUAUCUUGAUCGGUACUCUCGACCCAUCAAUUCCUGGCGCAGAAACCGCCAUUGAACCCGAUGCGCAUGCCAGUAUUGUUGAUCCUGGACAGCACCCAGCAUUAACAGCAUUCGACCAAACGCAGGCUGCUUCAUUACCGCCAAUAGAGAUUUCUCUCUCCGAAACUCUUACACGAGACGUUGCUGGCUAUCUUGAAAGCUCGCAGGGUGUAAUGCUCUCAUCUGCCCUCGACGAGGCUCACGAUCGCCGCCUUGCUGAGAUAGAAAACAGUGUUGUCGAUGAGUUGACAGGGCUCGAUGAGGACGAGUUGAAUCGAUUCAUUCUCACGGAUGAUGAGGUCAAGAUCAAAGAGCGCGUCUGGGUGGAAUUGAAUAAGGAUUAUCUGGAGGCCCUUGCUGCGAGGGGAAACGAUGAUCCAAAACCCAAAGCCAAGAAGCGACGGAAAACCGAGCCCGUUGCACCCCGCGAUACGUCAAAUCCCACUGGGCGGACAGCGGCCGAGUCUGUCAAGACACUUAUAACCAAGAGCAGCAAAUACAGUAAGCGUAUCAACUACGAUGCACUGAAGACUCUUCUUGAACCCGAGAUGCCCACUUGGGACGACAAAGAAGAUGGGUUAUAUACGUUUGACGACAAAGACAAGAGCGACAGUGAAGGCAUGCUUCUAAUCGAAGAAGCUGGAACCGUCGGUGCAGGGUCGCCGACAAAGGCCAAGCGAAACAGUUCCCAAAUGGCAGAUUUGGAGGAGGAACCCGAAGAGGCGAGUGAUAAAGAGGAGGAUGGGAAUGUGGCGUGGGACGACGCUUAUGAGCAGGAAGUAUGA